GGGCGGCGGCGUUAAGGGCUGGGGCGGCCGCACUUGUUGCGGGUUGGCGGCGCCGGCAGCUCGGUGGCCGGGUAUGCCUCGGCCCUAGCGCGGAGAGGGGCGCCGGUGGGACCGGCUGCCGCCAUUGCCGUCGCCAUGGGGCGGUACUCGGGGAAGACGUGCCGCCUCAUCUUCAUGCUGGUGCUCACCGUCGGCUUUUUCGUAGCCGAGCUGGUGUCGGGCUACCUGGGCAACUCCAUCGCGCUGGUGUCCGACUCCUUCAACAUGCUGUCAGACCUCAUCUCCCUCUGCGUGGGCCUCUCCACGGGGCGCAUCGCCCGCCGCAGCCGCCGGGGCCCCCGCGCCACCUACGGCUACAGCCGCGCCGAGGCGGUGGGGGCCCUCAGCAACGCCGUCUUCCUCACCGCCCUGUGCUUCACCAUCUUCGUGGAGGCCAUCCUCCGCCUCGCCCGGCCCGAGCCCAUCGACGACGCCCAGCUGGUGCUCAUCGUCGGCACCCUCGGCCUCGCCGUCAACCUCGUGGGGCUCCUCGUCUUCCAGGACUGGGGCGCCUGCUGCCGCCACCGCCCGCCCGCCCCGCCACCUGCACCCGCCGUGCCCGGCGGCACCCCGUCGGGGGAGGUGGAUGAAGCAGGUGAUUCACCAAAUGACCAAAAAAGCCCUGAAGAGGGGCCUGAGAAGAAAAAAGAGAGAAAGUCUGAAGCCUUGAACAUCAGAGGUGUUCUUUUGCACGUUAUGGGAGAUGCACUUGGAUCUGUGGUCGUGGUAGUUGCUGCUACAAUCUUCCAUAUACUUCCUUUGGGGAAUGCGCCAUGUAAUUGGCAGUGCUACAUCGAUCCAAGCCUGACAAUAAUUAUGGUGUUCAUCAUCUUGUCUUCUGCAUUCCCGCUUAUCAAGGAGACCUCAACUAUUUUGUUGCAGAUGGUUCCCAAAGGUGUUAAUAUGCAACUACUGACUGACACACUAGCUCGCGUACCAGGGGUUAGCAGCCUUCAUGAGGUGCAUGUUUGGGAGCUUGCAGGUGGGAAGAAUAUUGCUACUCUUCAUAUCAAGUGCCAAACCCCUACUGAUUACCAAGAUGCUGCUUAUAAAAUACGGAAGGUUUUCCACGAAGCAGGGAUCCAUUCUGUGACCAUCCAGCCCGAGUACGUUGACCACAAGACCUCUCUGCUACUGUGCAGCUCGCCCUGCAUCUCAAAAGCUUGUGACUCUCAGCUGUGCUGCAGUCAGCGGGAGCCCCCCCUGGCUAAAACUAAUGGCUAUACUGAGAAAAACGAUAGUUGCCUUUCUGCACUGCAUAAAGACAAUGGUUCAAGUAAAAAUGAUAUCGAAAUCCCUAUCGAGUACCCACUGGCAGAGGAUAGCGUUAAAAACGUGAAAAAUUGUGGCGCGUCAGAUAACAAAUCACAGUUGAGCAGUACACGACUUUAGGCAAUUCCCUCUACUCCGCGUCAUGUUUUCAUAGAACAAACACAUCCUGGCUGGGAAGGGGGUCAUCGGUGGUUGUAGCUGAAGUUGGUGUGGCAAAAAGAUUUCUGUGCUUUAGCUGUAAACCAAAAUACACCUAACCCCCCCUUGUAUCUGAAAUGAGGAUUAAUAUUUCCACAAAGGGUGUUGCAUUCAUCUAAGAUUUUUCUGAUACAGCCUAACCCAGUUCCUUACCAAACUACGUGUGAGUUUCUGUCGUUAGAAAUUGUGUAUUGCUGUCUGCACUGAUGCUUGCAGUUAAUGGCCAGUGGCACUGGGAAUGAAACUCUGGCCUUUUCUGCUGAAGUGAGCUGUUUCCUGAAAGCCCUGUGGCCAGUUCAUGAUUGUACCGGGCUGAAGUACUGUAUAUUUAUAAAGGACUUCAGUAGAGAUGCUUUACUGAUCCUUAAAACCCAUUUUUGCAUAGACAGUUCAUGUUUAACAGUAACGCUUGUGCUUCUGGCCAGUGGGGUUUUGUGAGUGAAAUUGUGUCUGAGGGGCAGGGGAAGCACUCAGGAAUUUUGACUUGCAUUGUUUUCUUGAUUGACUCCUGUAUUUAGGGACAGAGCAGAAGCUGGUCUUGCUUCUCUACUAGUAAUACUGGAGUCUUAGCCUAAUCACAGAUGAGUAUGCUAAAGAAUGGACUUCUUGUCAUGAAAGCCAAGAAAUACUUACUAACGUUGUCUGUACUGAUUUAGCAAAUGGAAAUGCAAGCAGUCAUCCAGUUAACUUUUAUCUUGUUCACUGUUGUGAUUGUACAACUCGUUUUUUUUUUAUUUUAUUUUUAUUUUUUUGUCCUGACAGCAGAAAUUACAAUAGCAACGGUCUUAAUUCAUCAUUGUGUGGGAUGAUUGCAGUAUCUUUAACACUGAGUAUCUGUCAUUAUUCAUGCUGAAUAAAUAAGCUAAUGUGUUUGUUAUGAACAGCUAAAAUUCCACAGUUCUAUUAUUAAGACAGAAUUUAAUAUUGUAUUAAUUAAGAAAGUCCCUUUAAAGUUUUAUAUGCAGUAUUAUCACUUGGAGGAAGCUUUAAAAAAUACACAGGGAAUUUUUCCUUGUUUAGCCUUGAUUAUUUCUUGUUGAUUUGUUUUAAAGGUCUAAGCCCUCUCCUCUGCCCUGCCCUUCCUCCCCCUGCCCAAAGGUGUAUUUCAAAGUGUAUUUAAUGAAGCAGUUCCUUUAUCUUUUUGCUGCUUGCCUUUUUUUCAAGGCAUGCAAGGGAUGCUCUAAGGAAAACAAGAUGACGUGCCCUGUCACCAGUGCUGGAUUUAGGUCAGGUCUGUUCUCCAGGUUUCUCAUAGAGGAGACCCCACUACCUAAUCCACGCUGAGUGUAGUGCUUAGCCUCACCGGCUAUGCAGACCAGAUCCAGAAGCUUUCAAAUACAUUUUGCUGUCAAAAGUAGCCUUUCAAUGGUCCGCGUGGCCUGGGCAGGCUGUUUUAUUCAUUUAUUUAUGGGGACCUCUCUAUAAAAUAGCGGUGUCUUUACCUCAGUGACACCUUAAUAGAAAGGGAAAAUUGAUUUCCUGCCUGGGCUGGGACCAUACCCGGACCUCCUUGUACGGCUGGCUAGAAAGCAGCCGACUCCUUAUUAAUAAGGACGAUUACGUUAAGUCAAUGAAUAUUAAAACACACAGCAAGCUAUUUCACUGCUUGAAAAAUGGUAUUUACUGAAGCAGUGAUUGCAGUCUAAAUAGCACAUUUCUAGAUUUGUAGGUACCCCUUUUGAACAGAUUCUUGGGUGAAUUAAUCUAUUUUAUAGCCUUCCAUCGUAAGUGUCUAUUAUAUAAAUUAAACUAUGUGUUAAUGUAAUUAAAAGCUUGAGCCUCCAGUCUGUUUGAGUCUGUUGGCAGCAGCAGGGGUGAAAGCAGCGGGAUCUUGCUUGGCAGUUGUUGCACGAAUUAAUGUAAAUCUGGAAACAUUUUAAGAAUUGCUCUUUUAAAAGCGUGUGGCAUAAAGUAAGACAGCCCUUUCUUCUGUUCUUUUUGUCCUUAUUUUCAUCUAUGAUGAUGUUUCAAUGUCAGGGUUUAGAUGUAAAUAACAAAUAUAUUUAUAGGUUUUUCUAAGAACUGGAAUAGAAAGCUCCCAAAAUAACUUGCUUCCCAGAUAUCCUCUAAACCAAGCACCCUUUCAUAAUUAUGCAUUUGUGUCUUAAAUCAGGUAAUCUUUUUAUAUGUACAUUUUAUUAAAUGGUUGAAAGAUGGAGCAGCAGUAUUGUUUACUCUGGAAUUAGAGAAAACUAGUAUGUGUAACGUUGAGGCAUUUGACAAAAUGGACCGUCUUUUUCUUUAUCCUUCCAGUGUUUGUUAAAACUGCGAUUAUCUAUUUUUUAAGUUUUUAAAAGUGUUGUAACCUGAAAUUACAAUGAAGUAACAUUCUUAAAGAUUUUUUCUUGUCUGGUUGAAAGUACUGUAAUUGUUGCCUGUGAAUAAAUAGGAAAAUACCAGGGAUUAAAGAAGUCUUCAGGUCUAGAAAACAAGCAGAUUUAAAAUUUGCUUUAUUACUUAAGCAAGUAAAACCAACAGAGCUGUAUUAUUUAUGAGGUGAACUUUGUUUUUUCUGUGUAGAGACUUUCAGGGUAUCCAAGUAAGGUUUCUGACCCAGCAUCCUUGUUUUCCUUUGAGUCCAGGAAGAAAAUAUUUUUCUUCUGUUUGAAGUGUUUCACAACUCAGCUCUACUGGGCAACCCCUCUCGACUGCUGUAGACUUCAUUCCCAUCAGUGGGUGUUUUGUACUGGCUUAUUUCCCUUCAGUUCUUGGCAUAUCUCUUCUAAUUCUCUUGAAGUAAACUUACCUCAUUUUGAAAUACAGUAUAUUUCAGUAUUUGCCCUUAUCUAUGGGCACUUGCUCUAAAUUCAGUUUUUAGUGUAUUGCACUGUUGAAAAAUCUCUUUUCUGGCCUCUUCAGCUUAAUUGCUUUUUCCCCCUCUUCCAAUUCAGUAAUGUAAAAUUUCUGACGAUUGCAGGUUGAUUGUGCUACCCUGUCCUCUUCAAUUACUCCCUUCUGAUUGCAACGUUAUGGCAUUCCGUUUCUCUUGCAGUGGUUGCCCCGAUCUGUCAAUCACUGCCUGAUUUUCAACCGGAUUUCCAGCCUCUGUGGCCCUCUCAUCCAUAGCCAGUCAUACAUGUGACCUAGUUGUAUGACAACAAAACAUUUGCUAGCCUUGGCAGAUAGUUUUGGAGCAAGAGUGAAAUCAUGAAUGAAUUAACCUGGCACUGAAUGCAAAAGCAAUUUGCUGGCCUUCAUCAGUCGUCGCCCUUUUCUUAAAGUGAAUUCAAUUGUUUUGUCACCUUUCUGUAUGUUAUCCUUUAACCAAACAUGUCAAUUUGGUAGUUAAUUUUUCCUUCUUCUGUAACUCUCUAAAUGCAGAUCUUGCCUUUGCUUUUCUAUGUAAAGAAAAAUAACUGAUAUUAUUUUGGGGAGUAUUGCCUUUGUUGUGCCAAAUUUUCAGUUGACUUCCUUCUCCUUGUGUUCUUUGUGAUGCUUAUUUUGACUUGUAGUGCAACCGUGGUUCUUUCCUCAUAAUGUUUUUCUUAUUCUUUGUCUCUUCAAUAAAAACAGUAUGGUUUUGCUAGCCUUCUGGUCAUGGUGAUGUACCUAUAAUACAGUUUAGAAAUACCUCUUUUAUGCACCGGUUUAAUUUUUGCACUCCAUUUAAUUCAAAUUCACUUGCUUUCUGGUUUUGCUUUGUGAUACGCUUCAUCAUUGCAAACUGCUUUUUGAUCUGGUUUAGUUCUUCCUAAUCUUUCCCCCUGCCCGUACCUGAUUACAGCACUGACUGUCCUGAAUGCUCCCUUUUAUUCUGAACUUUGAAGGGAAUAUGCUGGCAUCCAAAUUUUCCCCGAUGUGAAGUUCACCGCCCAAGAUCUAUGGAUGGCUACUCCAAGGACUGGUUUAUGUCCUGUGAUCUGUGUCAAAGUGUUGUCUAAGUAGUCACCCUGAGAGAUAUAUAUUUAAAUUCUUUAUAAACACUCCACCUGAACCAACUUUUUAAAGAAAGUUGGUUUCUAAGCCUGAGAAGAUAUAAUGAAAUCACUACGGUUCAUUAACUACGUUCGUUAACACCUUAGGGGGAAGCUUGGAUCCCUAAUUGGAAAGCAGAUGAAAGGGACGUUUCUGAAAAGAUAAUGCAAACACUAUGAAGAUUUCCAUAGGUUCUGCUACUUGCUCUGCUGUACAGUGGAAGCACUUUCUGUGUUAAAUACUUUAUUUGAACAGUGAUACCUUGAUAUGAGGAUGCCACUGUAUAAAGUUGUUACAUUUAUGGAGUUGUGUUGCUUAAAAGUUUCCUCCGGUUUUUCUGUUCAUUUUGUGAUUUAAAUAAUGUGCCAAAAUGUAAUUUCCAUGAUUGCUGAAUCAAUGAAUGGAAAAUCUCACUGUGGUUUUAUUAACUUAGUGAAAAAUUACUUAAAGUUUUAUGUACAGUUAUAUUUUUUUCAAAAUGAAGUUUGAAUGUCUUGUAAAUAAA